AACAGAAAGAAGAGGGGGGAGCACAACAUUACAAAGAGAAAAGAAAAAACGCAGCUGCUUGGAAAAGAGAAAAGCGCAGCAGCUGCCCAUCUUCUUCCUAAAAAAUAACCUCAAAACAACUUCAUCUUCUCCAUUCAAUAACCAUGAAAACCAGCUGAAACUUCAGCCAUUAAAACACCCCAAGAUCAGUUCCCUAAAGCUUCCCAAAUCAUCCCUCCAAACAGCCCAGCAAACAUGACAAAAUCAAGCUAAAAAUGUCAUGAAAUAGCAGCUAAAACUGCUGCCAGCUCUAGCUUAAAAAAACCCCCAGCCUCUCUUGCCCAUAAAAUCAGUCAAAAAAAGCCUAAAAAGGCCACCAAACACCACUAUAAAUCAGCCACAAAAUUGCUCAAAAAUGUACCCCAAAACAUCCUCGCCUCCAACCUAGUUCCACAAUUGUUUCAAAUACUAACUAUCAGCUAGAACGUCCAUCCAAAACCAGCUUUUUCAACCCUUAAACCCAGCCAAAAAUCAUCAAAAACCCAACUUAGAAAUACCUCAAAAUAGUCCCGUUUCACAAAAGGAAAUAGCAACUUCAAAAGUAAAGAUCGAAGGCACCGUUCACAAGUUUGGUCGUGGUCCAAAUUUUUGCCAAAGUUUCGUCGCCAACUUCUCGAUCUUUAUUCAAUUUUUCAGCUGCCUUGUCAAAGAUUUUUCUUGGAGAGUUUUAUUAAAUACAGAAGGUAUAAAUGAAUACUGUCCAGGACUCAUCGCAAUCUGUCAUAGAACGGACUGGGUUGCAGCUACGUAGGUGGUGGGAUGAUUUAAAAGAAGAUGGCCGAGAUUGGGUGAAAGAAAACUUGGGUUCCCUGAUAGACAUCAUGCACAUCAAACCCCGGGAGUAUUUAAUUAAAGCCUUGGUAAUCUUUUGGGAUCCCGUCCAUAAUGUGUUCCGUUUCUCAAAUUUUGAGCUCAUCCCCACUCUGGAAGAAAUGGACGGGUAUAUUGAUUUUGGCCAAGAGAUAAGAAAGCAACAACUCAUAUUCCCAAGGGCUCCUUAUGUGCACAGGUUCUUCGAUCUUCUGAAUAUUAGCAAACAAAUGAAUAAGGCCCACAUGAGCAAAGGGUGUGGUUCUUUCUAUUUCUUGUAUUUCAGGUUCGGGCACUCAGCCGGGUUUGAAACACAUGAAAAGAGAUUGAAUAACAAACAAGACAAGAGCAUAUGGCAAAUUCAUCGUCAGUUUGCCUUCAUCGCGGUAUUUCUAGGGGUCAUGGUCUUUCUGAAUGCGGAAGACACAGUAGACACUCGUAUGGCCAGAAUAACACAGAUCAUCGUCACCAAAAAAGAUCACACACUUGUCCCAUUGGUGUUGGCGGACAUUUACCGGGCAUUAACCUUGUGCAAAUCUGGGGAUCCAUUAUUCGAGGGUUCCAAUGUUCUUCUUCAAAUGUGGAUAAUCGAACACCUUCGCCGUCAUCCUAAGUUCAUGAGCUAUGCUUCGGAUGGGAACAAUUUCAUCAAAAAAUAUGAGGAAAGGGUGGAAGACUACAAACCACCAGAAGGGGUUGAAGUUUGGGUUUCCUAUUUAAGAAAACUGGGAGAGAAUCAAAUUGAAUGGACCAUAGGAUGGCUCCCGGUAACAUAAGUCAUAUACAUGACCACUUCAAAGGACUACUUGAUGAUGAUGGGAGUGAGAAGUAUACAACUAUAUGCACCACAAAGAGUUUUGAGACAACUGGGAAGAUAUCAGGUGAUACCCGAAGAUGCAGAUCUAAGCACCCAAGUCAUUGAAUUAAACCCAGAAGCAACGCUACCUGAGGUUUUAGUUCAAAGGGACUGGAAUGACUAUCGGUAUCUAAAAAGUGACACCCAGGUACCAGACCCGGCUAGGGGCGAAGUUGAUCCCAAUUAUGCUACUUAGUUUGAAAGAAGUUUUUAUGUGAACAAUGAGCCAGAGUCCGAGCCCGAACCCGAGAGGCCUGCCAAAAGGCCCCAUGUUCAAGAUUUUGUUGACAAAAUUCAGGAAAGGUUAGCCUAGGGGAAAAGGAAAAGAAAUAUCAAGCCAGCAUUCACGCUUUGCGAGAAGAGUUGAGAAAUGUCACCUUCAACAAUGAUCUACAGGCACGAGAGGCUGAGGGUGAGAGGAAAAGGCUAGUUCAAGAAAAUGAAGCUUUCAGAGCCCAGGUUCGACAGCUGAGAAUAGCAGCCAAGAAUCCGAGCGAAAGCUGGAAAGAUGGGCGUUUGUUGCAAUAAAAAGGCAUCAUAAGGGAAAGGGUCAGAAGGAUUGCCGACUACAUCACGAUGAAAUGCAGUGAGUGUGAGGACAUGACUAGAUCCAUGUUCUUCGCCACUGUGAUGAUCUUUGUCCGCCAGAUAAUGGAGGAUCUCUAUCGGCUCUAAAAUGACCUGGCGCAUAGGCCCGCUGCAAGACCAGUUGGUGUCCCUAGGACAGGGUUGGAGGCACUGAUGUACUCUUGAUUGUAUUUUCUUUUUCGAGUCUGUACUUUUAUUUUUUUUAAAAAGUAUGUUUUGAGUCUAUCUGAAAUUUUAGAUUCCUAGAAAAAGUUUGGCUUGAGUCUGUUUGAAGUUUUAAAGUCCUAGAAGAAGUAUGUUUGGAGUCUUUUGUAAUUCAGUGAAGUAGAGGCUUUAUUAAUGAAAAUUGGAAAUUCCCAAAAAAAAAAUUAUUUC